AAAAUUUCCAUCAAAUGGCAAGUUUGGUGUCUGUCAAAUUAUCAAGUACCAAUUUCUUGCUGUGGAAAUCUCAAGUUUACCCAAUGAUUCGAAGUGCUUAGCUUCUCCAUCAUUUGGAAGAAGAAGCACCAGUGCAGACUAUCAUCAAGGAUGGCAAUGAAAUGGCUCUACAAAUUUAGAGGUGCCUUAAAGAGCAUUAUCUGGCGUCUUCAAAAGAAAGUGAAUUGCAUCUCAAGGGACAACUGGCUACCAAGCGAGGAGAUGGUUAAUCACUUGAUGAUUUCAUCAGAAAUUGUGAGCACUCGUUAUCAGCCUUACAACCUUGCUGUUCUCUCAAAAGCACCAUAUCCUACCUUCAAUCAAUACACUGCAGGCUUACUAAACAAUGAACGAGAUCUGCAGGUUCAGGAACAAGAACAUAAAUCACAAGUAUCUACGUAUACACACGUGUUUAUGGCCCAAAGAGGAAGAGGUCAGAGAGGUCGAGGCUAUGGUGGCAAGCAGUUCAAUUCUAGGGGGAGAGGUUUUGUCCAAGCUGGAAAUUAUAACUGGUCUAGUAACACCAAAACCCCCUUAGUUAACAGCAAUCCUGCACCACAACAAAGCAUGUUACAGAAGAAAUUUCAACCAAAGACUAUGACAUCACAAGGUGAGAAAACUUGUCAAAUUUGUGGAAUUAAUGGUCAUACUGCUUUGCAAUGCUGGUAUAGGUUUGAUCAUGCUUACCAAAGUGAAGAAUUACCUCAAGCACUUGCAACAAUUACUCUGGAAGAUGACAAGGAUCAAACCUUCUAUGCAGACACUGGAGCUAGUGAUCAUAUGACCUCAGUGACAAGUAAUCUUAUUUUUAAAAGGCCUUAUAAUGGGAAGCAAAAGGUUUAUAUAGGUGAUGGAACACCUUUGCACAUCACUCACAUUGGAUCCACGUCUGUUGGUCCAUUAAAACUUAAUAAUGUCUUAGUUGUUCCUAAUCUUAAAAAGAAUCUUAUUUCCAUUAGCAAGUUUACUGAAGAAAAUCCAUGUAUCUUUGAGUUUUCAUCUUCUGGUUUUGUGGUUAAGGAUCAAAUAACACAGGCGGUACUGGCCAAAGGCACUAGAAAGGGCCAACUCUAUGCCUUAGAUGAAGGGGAAAAAUAUGCUCUUGCAGCUAUGACAAAUAAGCAUGUUUCAUGCCCUGGAACUCCAGAACAGAAUGGAGUUGUAGAAAGGAAACACAGGCAUAUCACUGAGACAAGUUUGACUAUGCUUUUUCAUGCAAACAUGCCACUAAGGAACCCAGAAUUGGGUUCCACGCAGGAACCCAGAAUGGUUCUAGGUUCUUGCGUAGAACCCAGAACCGGGUUCCUGCGCAGAACCCAGAACCGGGUUCCUGCGCAGAACCCAGAACCGGAUGGGGAACUUUGCAAAUACCCGGAUUCUGAUGGAUGGCUCCAAGCUGUUUCACAUUUACAGCCAUCAAAGGAUAUAGAUGACGUGCCUUCAAUUUCAACACUAGCUCAACAAUUCAUAGAUCUUACAAGUGAGGAGGAGCACUCUCAACUCACCAUUGACAGAAUUAGUGCAAUUCCAUCAGUUAAUGAGGAUGAGUCAUCACAACAGAGUCAAGACAAUGGAACAAUAAGGACAACAGAAAAUAAUAACAGUCCUAUGCUUGCUCCUACAGAAGAAAAUCAAAGCGAACUAGUACCUGAAGACCAAGGAAAUGAAAUUCAAUAUCAAAGAACCCAAGAACAGUCUGGAAACUGGGAAAUUAUUGAAGUAGUGGUUUCGAAUCGGAGUGGCGUGUCACCACCUUCUUACAACAAUGUUUCUAUUUCUACUCAUCCUAUGCAAACAAGAGCCCAUACAGGAGCUCAUUCUGGACAUGUUAAAACCAUAUUUCCAAAGAAUGCAAAUACCAUGGUAACUGACAAGUCUAUUUUGCAAUUUGUAGGUCCUGAUAUUAUGGAACCUAAAGCAGUUCGAAAGGCACUUCAAAGCACACAUUGGGUCAAAGCAAUGCAAGAAGAAAUUGAUGCUCUGCAUAAAAAUAACACUUGGACGUUAGUGCCACCACCAUCGGAGACAAAUAUAGUUGGGUCCAGAUGGGUUUUCAAAACCAAGCUUAACCCAAAUGGUACGGUGGAAAGGUUUAAAGGUCGUCUAGUAGCUAGAGGCUUUUCCCAAAUGCCAGGAGUGGACUUUGAGCAACUUGAUGUAAAGAACGCCUUCCACCAUGGCAAGCUCAAGGAAAUGGUUUAUAUGACACAACCACCAGGUUUUGAAGAUCCCAAAUAUCCUCACUCUGUGUGUCAACUCAAUCGCUCCAUCUAUGGUCUAAAGCAAGCUCCCAGGGCCUGGUUUGACACAUUCCCACUAUACCUACUAAAAAUGGGUUUUCAUUGUAGUCAAGCUGAUUCUUCAUGCUUUGUUCUUCAUAAUCCAAAAGGAACAGCUCUUCUACUUGUCUAUGUGGACGACAUUGUGCUCACAGCUAGCUCCGAUGAUUUACUUCAGAACAUAAUUUCUCAUCUCAGUAGGGAAUUUGCUCUUAAGGAUCUUGGUGAUCUUCGAUAUUUCCUUGGUAUCGAGGUUGAUAAGUUCUAUGGUGGCAUAUUUCUAUCUCAAGCUAAGUAUGCUCAUGACAUUCUUACUCGAGCUUCAAUGUUGGAGGCAUCAUUCAUAGCUACUCCAUUAGCAACAAAGGAAAACACUACCUCAAGAGAUUGUGACUUCCUCAUAUUUGUCCAAAAAGGUUCGUCGGAUCCGGAGCUCGGGGAAGAAGGUCAGCAUGGUUCAGGGAAAGCUUCAAUCAUAGAAGAGGGAUUCGAAAAGAGCAAGAACACGAGGCGGAUGAUGCGUUUAGGAACAGACGGAGGAACCAAGACAUAUGGGGCUGUGAUCGACGUAUAUACAACCGAGCCACGGUGUUCUUCUUCACCAACUUUCCCGAAGAUUGGUGCUAUGAAAACAUGUGGCAAACUUUUAAGAGAUUUGGGAGAGUACUGGCCAUCUAUAGCCCACCGAGGAGAUCAAAGAGGGGAAGCAGGUUUGGAUUCGUCAGAUUCCUUGAGGAGUCCGGUCCAUGGGUUCAGCAAAAAAGAAGGCGUAAGAGGGCAUAGGACGUAUGCCGAUGUUGUGAAGGGAAGCAGCAAAGUAGAACCUAUUCGAGAGAAUAAACAAGAAACAACCGGAGACCCAAAUUUUCGGCAACAGAUCAGAAGCAACUGGAAAAAAUCCCCAAAACAAGUGUGGAUUCCGAAGGCCAAGGAACAGGUGAAGCAUAGCCUAGAGUUCAUUGUGAAGGAGGAUGACGUAUCAUGGCUGGAAGGAUGCUACGUUGGGGUAGCUCACUCAGUUGAAAUAAUCCCAAACUUACAGGAAAAAAUCUUUAUGGAAGGCUAUUUCUCCUGUAAAGUAAGAGCCAUGGGAGGAAGCCUAGUGUUAUUGGAGGGAGGAGACAAAGAGGAGAUUAAGGACCUGGCUGAACUUGCUCCACAAUGGCUAGGACAGUGGUUUUCGGAGAUUAACCCUUGGAAAUCAUCAAUAGUUUCCAGAGAAAGAUUUGUAUGGUUACGAUGUCAAGGGGUCCCAGUCCAUGCAUGGAAACCAGAAUUCUUCGCUUCUAUUGGUGCAGUAUGGGGUAAAUUCAUCACUCUGGAUGACAGCACCAGUUUAAGGAAGAGAUUGGAUAUUGGACGGCUUCUGAUCUCCACUUCAACAAUGGAAUUCAUUUCGAAGGUCAUGAACAUUAAGGUUAAUGGGGAGCCUUUCAUCAUCAAAGUAAUGGAAGAAGAGGCCUCUAAUGGCACUUUUUCAAUGAAAUCCGAUCAUUUGUUUAAAAUGUUGAGCGACACCGACAGCGAGGCUUCGGAAUCAUGGUCUUUGGAGUCCGUCCAAGAAGGCGGUGGGUCUAAGGGGUACCGGAGCUUUCUAGAUGGAAAGAUGGAAGAUGAUGACGUGGAGGAGGAGGACAUUGAGACGGACACGGAAUCAAGGGAUGAGCUGGCUCAUUCCCGUUGGAAGAAUGGGCGGCAAAUUAGAAAAGAAGACCAGAAUUCGGCUGUGAAUGACGUCUCAAUUAAUGCGGAAGGUUACCAAGAAGAUUUAGCAGAUAGUGGGGGAAGGAAAAAUCAAAUCCAAAGCCUCGGAAAUCAUGAAAUGACGCCAGCAGAUUGGGAAACGGUGCCAGAAACACAACCAAACGGUAAUAGGGACCAGCAUCGGGGGGAGGUGGACAUUGGGCCAUAUAAGCUUGCAAACCCAAUAGCUCUGGAGGGAUGUGGGACCAACGUAGGCACAGAUAUAGCCCAACAGGAGAAGAAUGGGCCGGUUGUCGUUGGGCCAACUUCAGCGGAAGACCGUUGCUUGCCGGAGGAUAAUGGGGCUGACCCAAAAUACAUUAAUCGUGCAGAGGAGGAAGCAUCAUUUCAGAAGAAUCAAGAGAAGAAGAACAGUAGCUCCAACUUGAGGCUCUCCCAGACGGUGCAGAAGGAGCCUAGCUUCUGGGAAGGCUUUUUGACAGAAUCAAGAUCUGAAAAGGAGUGGAUGGGGCGAAAACACAAGAGGCUGAGCAAGCCAAGGAAGAAGAAAAGCAGAUCCUGUGCGUCGAUGCUCAGAAUAGGAAGAAAGGAAGACCGGCGAAUCAACCCAGUAAGAGGAGCAAAAGGAUCAAAAAUGCGAGAAGCCGAGGAGGGGUUGCCUAAAUUCCACCCGGGAUCUCAAAACCAAAUGGCAGGCGAAUCAGUUAAUGACAGCGGAAUCGUAAACAGAAAUGAGAUCCUGAAGAGAACCCAGGAACCUUGUAAUGUGGAGAGGAUCUGGGCGUUUGCAAAGGAAAUUGGAGCAGGUCAUGACGGGGAUGAACAAGAAGUAAUUCGAAGGCUUAAGGUCAUGGAGGAAAGGGACAAGGAGCUAUUCAGGAAAUCAAAGGUUAGUGAUGAUGUUCGUGUGGGGGCUAAUGAGUUUAAGGAGUUAGUGAGUAGAACAUGGAGGUCGACAGAGGUUACAGGGUGGCACAGAUAUCGCUUUAAAGAAAAGCUAAAGGAAACAAAGAAUGCUUUGAAGGUCUGGAGUAGGAGCAUGGUGCUUGAGGUGGAUUCCAACAUUCAAAAACUCAAGGAGUCUAUUACGGCUUUGGAUUUGAAGGCAGAAAUGACCACAUUAUCGGCCGAGGAAGUGGAUGGAAGAAGGAGAAGGAAUGAGAUAGUCAGUAUACAGGUGGGAGACAAGGUCUUAGAUCAGGUCAAUGAGAUAAAGGAAGAGGUGGCCAAUUAUUAUGAGAAGGUUUUCACAGAAGACAGAUGGCAGCGCCCCCACCUCGACGGGAUCGCUUUUAAAAUGAUUUCAGAGGACGAGAACUCAAUAUUGCUAGCCCCGUUCCGUGAAGAGGAGGUAAAGCAGGCGGUUUGGAGCUGUGACUGUUCCAAAGCACCAGGACCAGAUGGUUUUAAUUUCAGGUUCAUCAGAGAAAUGUGGGAGGAAAUCAAAGACGACAUGUUAGGCUACGUUGAAGAUUUUCAUAAGCAUGGUAAACUGGUUAGAGGGGCAAACAGCUCAUUCAUCGUGUUGAUCCCCAAAGUGAUAAAUCCCCAAAAAAUAGAGGAAUUCCGUCCCAUAUCCUUGAUUGGGGUGAUGUACAAGGUGAUAGCAAAACUCCUUUCUAAUAGACUAUGUGCAGUGAUGGACAAAUUAAUUGGAGAAAGCCAAAUGGCGUUUGUUGGAGGAAGACAAAUGGUGGACAGCAUUGUUAUUGCCAAUGAAAUAGUUGAUGAAGCGAAGAGAAAGAAAAAAGCUAGUUUUGCAUUUAAGUUAGACUUCGAGAAGGCAUACGACAAUGUAUGUUGGGAGUUUUUGCAGUACAUGAUGUCAAGAAUGGGAUUCAAACCGAAGUGGAGAAGAUGGAUAGAUGAGUGCUUGAGGACAGCAGAGGUAUCUGUUUUGAUCAAUGGCAGCAACACCAGACAAGUAAAAAUCUCUAAAGGCCUUAGACAAGGGGAUCCCUUAUCUCCUUAUUUAUUCUUGUUAGUAGCUGAAGGCCUUAAUGGAAUCAUCUCCUCAGCAGCUAAUCGGGGACUUUUUGAGGGGAUUACUGUUGGCAGCAAUGAAAGGAGAUGGUCUCACCUUCAGUUUGCAGACGAUACAAUUUUGUUUGAUAAAGCAGAGGAAGAGAAUAUAUGGGCAGCAAAGAGCAUAAUGAGAAUCUUCGAGCUGGUGUUGGGAUUGAAGAUUAACUUCGGAAAAAGCCAACUCAUGGGCAUAAGUGUUUCAGACGAAUGGAAGACAAAAAUGGCCCACAUAUUGAAUUGUAAGCAAGGAACCUUCCCCUGUAAGUACCUUGGAGUACCAAUAGGAGGCAACGGUAGAAACGCAAAGGUAUGGAAACCGCUGAUCGAGUCUUUUAAGAAGAAGCUGUGCUCAUGGAAGGGCAGGUUCCUAUCCCUUGGCGGAAGGAUCACACUUCUCAACUCCGUGCUAUCCAACAUUCCGGUGUUCUUCAUGUCAGUGCACUUGCUCCCUAAAGGCGUGAUCCUCUCCCUUGAAAAAAUUCGUAGGAACUUCCUAUGGGGGGGAGAGGAGGGGACGAGAAAAACAAGUUGGGUUUGUUGGGAUAAAGUAUGCAAAAGCAAAAAGGAAGGUGGGCUCGGAGUUAAAGAGUUAAGAAGCUUCAAUCUUGCUUUGUUGGGCAAGUGGUGGAGCAGAUUAGCAAGCGGGAAUGACGGUCCGUUACAUAGGAUCAUUGAAGAAAAAUAUGGGAAUGUGGACAGCCAUUGGCUUGAGUGGAUUCAAGAGAAUAGUCAUAAGGGAUCCAGCUGGUGGAGAAACAUUUGCAAGUUAGACAACGUUGUGCACAAUAAAAGGGGAUGGCUUUCAGACGGUUUCAAACUUAAAAUGGGAGAAGGGAACACUGUGCGAUUCUGGAAGGAUGUAUGGAUUGGGAACCAAACUCUUGCUAACCAAUUUCCUUCACUGUUUCGGGUGUCCUCAGGGAAAGAAGAUAGAAUCAGCAAAUUGGGCAAAUGGAGGGACGGAAAAUGGGAAUGGUCUGUACAGUGGAGGAGAUCUUUGUUUGAAUGGGAGAAGGACAAAUGGUUUGAGCUCCAGGCUUUACUGGAUAACACUAAACCUGAUCAAGAGCAGAAAGACCGAUGGGAGUGGAAGCAUGAUAAAGAGGGUGUGUAUGUAAUCAAAACAGCAUACAAUGUGCUCUCAAGCAACAAUGGAAACGUGAAAGCAUGGAUUUACAAAAGGAUAUGGAGCAGAUUAGUCCCAACAAAGGUCAGUGCUUUCACUUGGCAAGCCUUACAAGACAGAAUUCCCACUAAACUCAACUUAUUUAGAAGGGGCAUUAUCACUGAUCCUAACCAAGUGCUAUGCGGAUUAUGUGGGGAAAGCACAGAAGACAGCAAUCACUUGUUUAUUCACUGCAGAGACUCUUGCUCGGUGUGGCAAAAAUGUUUGCAAUGGUGGGGGAUAUCAACGGCUAUGCCUAAUACCUGCAUAGAAACUUUUGAGCAACACCAAUCUGUUUUUAAAGAAUCAUCAGUGAGAGCAGGGUGGGAUGUGGUCUGGUUAGCUUUCAUAUGGUCUAUAUGGAUAUUAAGAAAUGGAAAGAUUUUUAGAAAAUCAGAGUUUGAAGUUAACAGGAUGUUUGAACUGGUUCAACUCAGAGCUUUCAACUGGAUCAAAGGUAAAGCAAAUGGAUAUUCUUUUAACAUGUAUGAGUGGAUGAUGGAGCCCGAUUUUGUGAUGCAGAUUGGGCGGGUUGUCCUAUUACAUGAAGAAGCACUACUGGAAGCAGAGUAUCGUGCCUUAGCCUCUACAACAGCUGAAAUGGUAUGGAUUACUUAUUUGCUUCGAGAUAUUGGAAUUUCUCUACCUUCACCUCCGCAACUAUUCUCGGACAACAUAAGAACACUUAUCACCCGAUAUAUUCCCAGUACUGAACAAGUUGUAGACAUUCUUACUAAGCCAUUCCCUCGGCAACAAUAUCAGCUUUUACGUUUCAAGCUUGGAGUGGUAGCUUCACCCUACUCUAGCUUGAGGGGGAGUAUGAAGGCACAAGUACAAAAUCAAUCAAGGCGUGAGACCAGAGAUAAUGAAAACAAGCAAGAAAUCAUUCACACAGCAGAAAUUGAGGAGAGACAGAAGCAACAUCUCUAAAAGCAACGGUCAAAUUAUAUUAGUAAAGCAACCUGUAGUUUCCUUAACUGUACCUCAAUUACAGCAUCUAGAUUAGCUCCUAUAAGUGUAUAUAUUGGUAUAUGCUUGUACAAAAUAUCACACAACUGAAUAUAGAAUCGGUAUUCUC